UUCCUUUCUCAGCAGUGAGAGAUAUUAGCGUUGCGCAUGCCAAGAUGCCAUUUUAUCCAUUUGUGCACCUUUCAUUUCUGGGUAAAACCAUGGCAUUGGAAAUAAAUGCCUGUGUUGCACCUGGCACAAAUUAACGCCACUCCAUGGUCUGAGGAAAAUAUCCAGCGUGUGCUGGAUUGUGGCUCAUAUCUGCAAUUCCCAUUUCUUUCCAUUUAAACCUGCCUUUCCCCAGGCUGCUGCAAGAGUUGUACUUGCAUUUAUUAGUGGCUGUAAAAAUUUAUAGCCCUGAUAAUAUAUAUUUGGUAUAACUGUUACUAAAACACUAGUGUUUGCACAUUUUCUUUUUACUGCACAUUCCUGAAUAGAGUUCAGUCUUGUAACAAUUUAUUUUAUAAGAAUGUAAUAUUUUCCUUUUUUUCAGAUUUUGAAAUCUUAAUGGAUGCAGAGAAGGGAAUAGUGAUACCAAAUGCUGAAGUGACAGAUAAGUCUGACAUUCAAAGGAUAGCUGUGGUGUGUGCCCCUGCGUCUGCGCUCUGUUUUGCGUCCAAACAUCCCCGAGGGAGGUUGGCCAUGAGGAUGAGACACCUGCGUCUUCUGAGCUAUCGCGUGAUUCUGGUUCAUUACCAGGAAUUCCAGAAACUGAAGAAAGACGAGGCAGUUGAGUUCUUAAAGGGAGAAAUAUUUUCAACAGAGGCACACUUGGAUUCUGAUUAGAACAUCCAGGAUCACUGUUUAAAUUAAUAUACCGCAUUGCUUUUUUCCUUUUUGCAUUUUAAGAAAAUAAAUGAAUAAGAUUCCCUCAUU